GGCAAUCCUCUUUUUUUUUGCAUGUCAAUUUCUUUUGUUGCCAAGCGCGCUCUCAACAUGAUUAAGAACCCUUUAGUUUGGAUAGACUGUGAAAUGACUGGUCUUGACAUUAGCAAAGAUCACUUGAUUGAGAUUGCAGUGUUGAUUACUGAUGGCGACUUAAACAUUGUAGCCAAAGGACCGGAAUUGAUUAUUCAUCAACCUAAAGAAGUAAUGGACAACAUGAAUGACUGGUGCAUUGAACAUCAUGGCAAGUCUGGUCUAACUCAGCAAGUACUCGAAUCAACAUUGACAACGAACCAAGCACAAGAUCAAAUCGUUCAGUUCUUGGAACAGCAUUUACCCAAGGGAGUAGCCCCUUUGGCAGGUAAUUCAGUUCAUGAAGAUAAACGGUUUCUUUAUAAAGAGAUGCCAAGGGUUAUUGAUUACCUGCACUAUCGAAUUGUUGAUGUGAGCACAAUCAAGGAAUUAGCCAAACGAUGGUAUCCAAGUAUUCAAGUAAACAAAAAGGGAUCUCAUAGAGCAUUGGAUGAUAUUAUUGAAAGUAUUGAAGAAUUAAAGUACUAUCGUCAGCAUGUGUUCAAAUAAUACAUAAAUAUAAAUGUUGGUACUACAUACAUUGAAACCUUAUCUGAAUAAAGAAAUAGAUUAAAAGGG